AUGUUGGAUAAGUCUUUACCCGGACUCUUCAACAGCGGAGGAGCCGAUGUGGGGCCGCACGACUUUCAUCGUUUCCGAUAUUUCGGACAACUUGCCGCUUAUCCUGGGCCUAGAAUUACGCCGAAAGGGAUAUUUGCAUUUGUUGGUGGCUGUGCAUGGAUAUUGGAUCACACGGUAGAGGCUUGUUCACGACUACAUCAGGGACACAUAUCGUUCAAAACAGCGGCUGGCCAAGGUCGAGCCUUCUCAUACGGCGUGGUAAAGGAAAUGGAAAUGGAGACUCACCAGCAUCAGCAUGAACAGCCUAUCGAUGGCAAUGUUGAAGUCCAGAAAAGCAGGCUAGACCGGCAUGGCUACCUUUUUGGCCAGAAAAUCACACACUCACUUUCACCGUACUUGCACCAAAUAAUAUACGACCAUCUGGGGUUGAAAUGGAGUCAAAUACGGCUCGACUCAGCAGAUAUGUCCCAGUUUUUACAACUAGUACAACAUCCCUCAUUUUACGGCGCCUCUGUCACCAUGCCCAACAAAGUGGCCAUUCUCUCACAUCUAGAUGAAAUGACGGACGAAUGCAGAGACGUAGGAGCCUGCAACACGCUCUUCCUCAGGGAACGAAACGGUCGUCGUAUCCUCUGCGGCACAAACACAGACGUCAUUGGCAUCAGAGACUCCUUCCAAUAUAACAUCUCCAAUCCAUCAAGCACAUUUCACAACCGCCCAGCUCUAGUCAUUGGCGGAGGAGGCGCUGCCCGCAGUGCCAUUUACGCACUCCGAAAAUGGAUGAAAGUCACGGACAUUUACCUCGUCAACCGGGACAAGACUGAGGUAGAUGCCAUGAUCAAGGACUGCUCUUCACGUGGAUACGGCACCGGCCUACGCCAUGUAGCUACCGUCGAAGAAGCCCAUGCUGUUGAGGGCCCAGGCGCGAUAGUAGCCUGUGUACCUGACUUUGAACCGCAUACAAGUGAGGAAAUCGUGGCCAGACAAGUCACGGAGAUUUUGCUGGAUAAGGCGCACAAGGGUGCAAUGUUGGAAAUGUGCUAUAACCCUACGCCGUUUACGAGACUUGGCGCUUUGGCGGAACAAAAGGGCUGGCAGGUGGUGUUAGGUACUGAGGCAUUGAUAUGGCAGGGCCUUGAGCAGGAUAAAUAUUGGACGGGUUUGGGAGUUGGUGACUUGCCGGUGGUAAAGGUUCAGAAAGCGAUUGAGGAGAAGGUGGCUCAGCGUUCCCAGUCGCGACUUUGA